AUGAGUGAAGAAAUUGUGCUCUUCAUUCUGUUGCUGGGUGGGAUUGUCAGCUAUGUUCUACUGUAUUCAGGUGGACGCGAGGAAGCCACUGGCGACAAGGUCUCGGUUGAACCGAACAGAGUAGAGAACCCGAUCGUCACAUUACAGAACUCAACCGUCGCGAUGCGAGCAGCCAGAGCAGGGGCUCCGGUCUUGAAGAGUCUAUGGCGGCUCAACAACCCAUUCGUGUCAGACUCGGUAGACCUACAGCUUUCGUACCGUCAGGCCUUGUACAAGGCACUUGCUAAAGUAGAUGAUAGUGCAUGGGCAGGCAUCGCUCGGGUAGUGGGCAAGGCCAUCCAGCCUUUGUUCACCCGACGCACAAUAUCGGGUAGUUCCUGCACCGUCACCGCCGACCUACGACAGGUCAGCCUCACCACCUCUCUUGCUGCCAUUCUCAAAGCUCUCUUCGAGAUCGACAACAUCGGUUGCGACAAACUCAGCUACCUCGGCUCGGAAAUCCAUCGCAUCACCGUAGAGGGCAAACGACACGCUCUGACAGCCGCCGCCUCCCAGGACAUUCCCGAGGAUCUGCGGCGUUCGGCGGACGCCUUGAUCCAAGCCCUGCGCCACGUCUUCAUUGACGCUGCAGUGACGACGGAGCUGGCAGAGACGAUCCUUUACCGCGUCUCGGGCUCCCCGCCCCCGCAAGAGUUCAAUCCGCUGAACCUGCUCCUCCCCGCCUUCGAAGCCCCGUGGCGCUCAACCUUGUACACUCUCCUCGCAGUCCUCCAGCCCGGCGCCCGCCAACCGAAAUACGUCCUGGCUCUUAGGGACUGCCGACCGGACCACGACCCGGAGCCUCUCGCGUUAGCGAUCGCAUAUGAAUCCCUCCGCCUCUAUCCGCCAAUCCGCCGCAUCAGUCGGGUAUCUACAUCCAUCGACAUCGAAGCCAUCCAGCGGGACCCUUCCCAUUGGGGCGCAAACGCGCAACAAUUCCAUCCGGAGCGAUUCCUUACAACCAGCGGACAGCGAAUCCGCUCGUGCUUGGUCGGCCCGCAGCAAUUCGCUUGGAUCCCGUUCGCCGUGGGGAAGAUGAAAUGCCCUUCCGCCCGGGUCUUUACGAUACGCAUGAUCGUUGUGGUCGUGGGCGAGAUCCUCCGGCAGUUGUUUCCGGGUGAUGCCACUCCCGAGUGGGAACUGGAGGGCGCUGAGUGGGAUGCUGCUGCUCGGAGGGGGGAGGCGCUACGGGCGGGGAGGGGGGAGUAUGAAGGAGUUAGUGUCGUCUCUGUUUGUAGAUGA